AGAAACAACGCGCCAAACAACAGCUCCUCCCCCGGCAUGCCAUUUCUACCAACGGCACCGUCGGCGCCAUCAUCGUCCUCCUCGUCGCCUGCUGCAGCGGGAGAGGAUAUUGAGCGACCCCAGAAACGCCAGAGGACUUCGGCGUCGUCGAAUCUUUCGCUAACACCCAGAUUACCUCCUCCCGUUAAUGUUGCUCCACCGCCGCCGCCGCUUUCGCUGCACAAUAGGGUCAAGGAGCAGCAGCAGCCUCAACAGCUGACGCUCCAGCAGCAGCAGCCUCAACAGCUGACGCUCCAGCAGCAGCAGCAACAACAACCCCCACCACCGGCGGUGGCUAGCAGUUCUAGCGUACCGUUCAUGAGGGUUCAAGAACAGGGCUCGUCGGAAACAUUUGCCCUACCGUUAGCAGCGGUGCAAAAUUGGGAUGUAAGUUUAUUGUCAUCGCUAUGGGAUUAUACAUUCCACUCGCUCCUUCCCCAUUAUGGCCAUCACCAGUCAUCGCCACAAUUUAGCUCAACCAGAUCGACACGCUAACUAUAUUUUUCUUUUCCUUCUUUGCGAAACCAGACGUUAGUAACCUUGCUCCGGGACCUAUUCUCUAAACCCCCGCAUAGCACACCAAAACUCAAAACGCACCGCGGCGACACAAUCAUAAAACCUUUAAUAAAGCAUUUCCUGAAAGACAACGUUCACCUGAUUGUCACAUUCGACGACACCCCGACGCCUCCAAACUCCCAAACCUCGGUGGUGAACGGCCUCAGUGGUCUCAACGGGAUAAAUGGGAACAGCAAUGGAGGGCCCCCGGCCCUCAACACGGCAAACUCAAACAUGAGCAACCACAGCCCAACCUUUAGUAGCCUGAACCCAAAUAACCAGAACCCACCAACACCCUACAGCCCCCCGAUUCGCCACCAUCACCACCACCACAACCAAUCCUCCUCAACCUCGAACGCAAGCAAUGCCAGCGAGUCACCACUACAAGCCAUCGCGGCCCUCUCCUUCCCCCCACAACAACAAUCCUCCCAGUCCCAACAACCCCAACCCUCACAAUCCCAAUCCCAAUCCCAGCCGCAACCGCAGCCCUCCCAAUCCCAGUCACAACAGCAACAACCCCAGCCCCCGCAGUUAACUACAUCCACCUCCAAUACUUCCACCACAUCCCUCCCACCCGGCGCCGGUGGCGGCUCCAUCCCAUUGUACAAGAUGUCCAGAACUCUCUCCACUGUCACGGGCCUCUGGCAGGAGUGGAAAUCGGGCAUCAGUAACUCACCCUCGGUCGAGUCGCUGGAGGCCAGGUACGGGCCCAAGUGGCGCACCAGCCAGGCAGAGCGCAAGUUCUAUUCCAGGCGGAAGGUCAUCAUCGAGGAGAUCACGAAGCGCAUCGGGGCCGGCAUGGAUUCGUGGAGGGCCGUGGAGGAGGUGGAAGCCAUGCGCGGCGCAAAGAGUCUGGAUGGGCUGAGUAAGAUGAUUGUCGAGAGGAGGAAGGGGGGGAAGAGGAGGGGUGGUGUUGGCGGGGGGCCGGGAGGCGGGGGGGGAGGUGGGGGUGGGGGUGGCAAUAGUCAGGGACAGGAUGAGGACGGGGACGAGGAUGAUGGGGGUUGGUAG